GCCUCCUCUUCCUCGCGCGCGCAAAGGGUUCCUUGCAAGCGGCGGGCGUUUGCAGAGUCCCACGCGAUCCUUUUGCAAAAACCCGCCCGGUUUCUCUCGCAUCCGCGCGCGGUGAACUUUUCCCUCCCUCUCGCCUUCCUUCCUUCUUUGGAGAAGGGUUGGAGCUUGCCCAGAACUCCAGAGAUCAAUGGGCAUCUUUUUUCUUUUUCCUUUUUAAAGUGGGGCUCUCGGAUUAGUUGCUGAAAGAACUCUUCACAGCUCGUGGCCAACCUUGUCUGGUGCAAAAAAGAAAAGGAGCGAAGCGCCGGGGAAGCACCUGAGCUCUUGGGGAGCUGCCGGGUGGGCUUGGAGGGCAGGAUGGAAAAGAAAAACAUGGAUCACUACCUGCGCCGCUUGAAGCAAGAGUUGUUAUCCAUGAAGGAGGUCGGGGAUGGGCUGCAUGAACAGAUGAACUCCAUGAUGGGUGCCCUGCAAGAGCUGAAACUCCUCCAAGUCCAGACAGCUUUGGAACAGUUGGAGAUUUCAAGCAACCCACACCAGGUUUCAGGACUUGGCCACCAUCAAUAUUGUCAAAGCAAUAAGGAGUUGCCAAGGGCAAGGAGAGAAGUCAGCAGGCAGAGUGAAAAACUGUUGGGAAAUAGUUAUUUGGAUGGCUGCAGUUCCUCGGCCUCUUUGUGCUCUACUCAGGUGUCACACUGCUCCAGCCCACUUUGCCACAUUACUUUGCCAGACAGUAGCCAUGGGCACAUGGCAUCAUCCCUUAACAGCAUAGGUAGUGAAGAAUACUAUCAUGCCAGUGGUCCUUCGUCAACAGUAAGUACUGCAGAGUAUCAUUCAUCAACAACAUUUGAAUCAUCCACUGAGCAUAUGUCUAGGAGUUGGUUUUCCCAAGACACAAGCAGCUUCUCUGAAAGUAAAUCAGGUUGCCAUGGGUGUCAUUUUUCUGAUGAGACCAACGAUUGGACUUCAUCACUCAUGUCUCAAAGCAGGAAUCGACAGCCUUUGGUCCUGGGUGAUAACAUCUUUGCCGAUUUGGUUGGGAACUGGUUGGAUUUGCCUGAGAUAGACAAAAAGGGAGAGAAGAAUGAGACAUCUUUGCCAACCAGCAGGUCCCAGGAGUUCUACAGAAAGUUUACCCUCACAGCCAAUAUCUUCAAGAAGUUCUUAAGGAGUGUUCGGCCAGACCGAGACAGGUUGCUCAAGGAGAAGCCAUGCUGGUUGCCAACAGAAGACAAAGAAGCUGAAAUCUUAAAGAGGCCCAAAAAAGUAAACAAACAGAAGGGGACCUUUUAUUUUCCAACCCAUGGGAACCUACCAAAUGCUCAGGACAAAGCAGAAAGGUGCCAAAAGAAGGAAACCAGCAAGGCCAAGGCCAAACACUGUGCUAAGAAGAUGCAUAACACAAUAGAGUACACUCAAACGGGGUUUGAUUUUAACACAGCUGUGUGGGUUUAAACUCCUGGGACUCAUCAUCUUAUUUGCCAAAACUCUUCAGUUCCAAACAAGAGAUAAACCAAAAGCAUUAUCUGUCAUACAUGGAAUCAUGUGAGAAAAAGAAGGAGAAAGUGGUUUCCAUAAAACAAACAUGGACACAAAUCAUUUCCACAACACAGCUUAUGUACUUUUUUGAUAAGGGGAAUCUGAUUGUACAGAAAAGCUCUCCAAAGCUAAUGCUGCAGAGAGAGUCCUUCAGAGUUUGGGAUGGGUGAAUUUCAGAGGAGGUCUAGCCCCUCUGUUUUUCCACCUAUAAAGGCUUCACGUUUGCCAAACAUAAUCAGUUCAUUUCUACUGCAGGUGGCAACAGAAUGUUAGAGGUGGUUGGGUGUGUUUGUAUGGUGUGUGGAUGUGUGUUUUUUAAUUCUUUUUCUUGUGUGCACUAAAUCCUGGUUUAUGCACCAGGCAAACAAAUGAGCACUUAAUAGUUAAAUUAAGAGUGAGGCAUGGAUCUGUAAGAAUAGAAAGACUGUGUGACUUGAAUAGCGGCUGAGUGAAGUUGGUACAGCCAGUCAUCACACUGCAUUUUGACUGUUUUUUCUAAAGUAUUAUUUCUGGCUCACCCCUCAUGAUCUUCACUGUACUAGAAUGUGUCUAAGGAGUGCUAUGUAGUAGGUAGUCAUGCCGCCACAGAAACUUUUAGGAUUAGCAGAAGUUCUUCACCUGUUCAUUUUGCCCUCAGAGCCUUAAACUCUUGAUGCCACACUGAGGUCCCAUAUUGCAGUUGAUCCCUUUCCUGGUUUUGUUGUUCUCUUUUACAUUUCUUACUGUGUAUGACUUUUGUCUUGUGAAAAUUAGUUUUCCUGUGGUCCACUCUCUGACUGUAUUAAUAAAGUGAUGUUCAUAUCUCCA